AUGUCAUCUAAUCAACAACAAAAUGCUAAUCGCAAUCAACAACAACAAAAUCAAAAUCAACAAAAUCAACAAAAUCAAAAUCAAAAUCAACAAAACCAAAAUCAACAAAAUCAAAAUCAAAAUGCCCAACAACAAUUAGGAGGUGCUGGUUCAAAUCAAGCUGCACAAAAUCUUGCUGGACAACAACAACAAAAUCAACAAAACCCACAACAACAAAAUCAACAACAAAACCAACAAGGUGGUGCUGGCAACAACCAACAACGUCAAUAA